AUGUCAAAAUUAGGAUUUGUCAUACAUGAAGACAAAUCUGUUUUUCAACCAUCAAAACAAAUUAUAUUCUUGGGUAAUAUUAUUGAUUCAGAAAAUAUGAUUAUAACCCUUACGGCAGACAAAAAACAAAACCUAGUAAAAGAAUGUAAAUGGUUACUGCAGAGAAACUUAGCUAAGAUUAGAGAUGUAGCAAAAGUCAUUGGACUUAUAGUCUCCUCUUUUUCUGCCGUUGAAUUCGGUAAAUUGUUUUAUCGUAACCUUGAAAAGGAAAAAAUUAUAGCUUUAAAAAACUCAAAAGGAGAUUUUGAACAAAGCAUGCUUAUUUCUAAUCAGAUGAAAGGAGAUUUAGAAUGGUGGGUUGCUAAUGUGUCUACUGAAUUAAGACAUAUAAGCCAUGGUAGUCCACAAAUUGUGAUUCAGACAGAUGCCUCAUUAUUAGGAUGGGGUGGCAUAUUAUGUGAUAAUGAAAUUGGAGGUAGAUGGACAGAUGAAGAAUCAAAAAAUCACAUAAAUUAUUUAGAAAUAUUAGCUAUAUAUUAUACAUUAAAAUCCUUUCUGCAUCUGAUCAUAAAUGAGCAUGUGAAGGUUCUUACAGACAAUACUACGGCAGUGGCCUACAUAUCAAAUAUGGGCGGAACAAAGUCCAUAGAUUGCAAUACAAUUUCAAGACAGAUUUGGUUGUUUUGUAAAGAUAAUGACAUCUGGUUGACAUGCACUCUUAUAGCAGGCAAAGAAAAUCUAGCAGACAAAAAAUCUAGAGAAUUUGAUGACAAAUUAGAAUGGAAAUUGAAAAGGUCUGUUUUUGACCAAUUAUGUACUUUGUGGCAAAGGCCAGAUAUUGAUUUGUUUGCAUCUAGAUUAAACUUCCAAAUUGAAAAUAACUGCUCUUGGAAACCAGAUCCAUUAUCUGCAUUUAUUGAUGCAUUUAGUAUAAAUUGGUCAUAUUUUCAGUUUGUCUAUUUGUUUCCUCCUUUCAGUUUAUUGAGCCGGUGCAUUUUCAAAAUCAGAGAGGACGGUGCAAGAGGAGUAGUAAUAGCUCCAUUUUGGCAGACACAAACUUGGUUUCCGAGACUAAUGCAGUUGUUAACAGACAAUCCAAUCGUUCUUCCAAAGAACAAGAAGAUGUUGAAUCUUUCUCACGAUCCACAAUCUGUUCAUCCUUUACACAAGAAAAUGAAACUAAUUGCAUGUCUAGUGUCAGGAGUAGCUUCAGAGAACGAGGAUUUUCUAAAGAAACAACCCACAUACUCAUGUCGUCUUGGAAAUCAAGUACAAAGAAACAGUACCAAGUGUAUAUCAGGAAAUGGUUCAAAUAUUGUAACAAAAAACAAAUUAAUUGCUUUCAAAUUUCUGUAG